CGGCGACAAUUUUGGUGCAGCCUUUCUCGUUCGGCGUAUCGUUGAAUGAACUUCGUAGGAUAGAAUCCAGUUUCAUCCUACAAUUAAGGAGCAAUAAGACGGCCGAGCAAUGUCGGAAACUCUUCAGCUAAGAGGGACCCUUCGUGGACACAAUGGAUGGGUCACGCAAAUCGCCACGAAUCCGAAAUAUCCGGAUAUGAUUUUGUCUUCCUCACGUGACAAGACCCUCAUCGUCUGGAAACUCACUCGUGACAAAGGCAACUACGGUAUUCCUCACAAGCGCUUGUACGGACAUUCCCAUUUCAUCAGCGACGUCGUCCUCUCGAGCGAUGGUAACUACGCCCUUUCUGGUUCUUGGGACAAGACUCUGCGUCUAUGGGAUUUGGCUGCUGGUCGUACCACCAGGAGGUUCGAAGACCAUACUAAGGAUGUUCUGAGCGUUGCCUUCUCCGUUGACAAUCGUCAGAUUGUUUCUGGUUCUCGGGAUAAGACUAUCAAGCUUUGGAAUACUCUUGCCGAGUGCAAGUACACCAUCCAAGAUGAUGGACACUCUGACUGGGUUAGCUGUGUUCGCUUUUCACCUAACCAUGCUAACCCUAUUAUCGUCUCUGCUGGUUGGGAUCGCGUUGUCAAGGUCUGGAAUUUGACUAACUGCCGUCUAAAAAUCAACCACAAAGGACACACAGGAUACCUAAACACAGUAACUGUCUCUCCCGAUGGUUCACUUUGUGCUUCAGGUGGCAAGGACUGCAAAGCCAUGCUCUGGGAUUUGAAUGAUGGCAAGCACUUGCAUACCUUGGAUCAUAAUGACAUCAUCACUGCAUUAUGCUUCAGCCCCAACCGUUACUGGCUUUGUACUGCUUUCGGACCCUCCAUCAAGAUCUGGGAUCUUGAGACCAAGGAGAUGGUCAAUGAACUUAAGCCAGAGGUAGUUUCGAACAUUAGCAAGGGCGAACCUCCGCAGUGCUUGUCGCUUGCUUGGUCUACGGAUGGACAAACCCUCUUCGCAGGUUAUUCUGACCACAACAUUCGUGUCUGGCAAGUGUCUGUGACUAGCCGUUAAAAGCUUUGUACGAUACCAAAAUAAAUUGAAAAACAUCCGAAAAUAA